AUGGAGUUCAUGACCGCGCUCCAGGGCGGUCUGGAUGAGCAGAAACCGUCGCUCUUCGAAAUCCUCUCCGAGAACGAACUCAACGCCCUCGUCCCACCCUCUCUACGAUAUCUCCUCGCCGUAGCGACACAUCGAAAUCCACGAUACCUAUUGCGGAUACUGAACAACUUCGACGAGAUCUUCGCGCUCCUCUCACUCGUGAUUGAGAGGUACUACCUCAAAAUCUAUGGCGGAGGGUUCACAGAGAACUUCUAUGGCCUCAAACGCGAGCGCGUGCUCCGCAUCAAGGGCGGCGAAAUCACUCGCACCAGACUAGGAGCGCCAAAGGAAGUCCGUGAGACAUUGAAGCUGAGGAAUAGCGAUGUGUGGAAGAACCUGGCCGUGAUGGUGGGCAUACCGUACCUCAAGCGCAAACUAGACGAAGCAUACGAGGUCCACGCAGCCGGCGUCAACAUGCUCGGACCCGCCUACCGAGAUCGCGAACAGUAUCCGGCGCAAGGAACGUGGAAGCAAAAAUUCAUGUGGACGUACAAAUGGUUCUUGAAGAAUGUGUAUCCGAGCGUGAACGCGGCGUAUUAUUUCUCGCUAUUGGCUUGGAAUAUGGCUUACCUGUUUGAUGGGACGAAGUACCAUUCGCCGUUCAUGUGGUUAAUUGGAUCGAGAAUCAGGAGGCUGAAUGAUGCGGACCAGAAGGCAAUUGCGCUUGCGACGCAGGCUCCUAAUGCUCCGCCUGCGAGGCCCGGGCAGACGAAUUCGGUGUUCAGUCCGAGGAUGAUGUCGCGGGUAUUGUAUCCAAAGAUGUUGACGGCUUUGAGGUUGGCGUUGCCGACGAGCAUUUUCGCUUUGAAAUUUCUGGAAUGGUGGCAUAAUUCGGAUUUCGCGAGGCAAUUGUCGAGGAAAGCCAACGAGGGGAUGGAACUGCCACCUCCGACGAUUUCUGGGCUUCCUGCGAUGGCGCCGAAGACUGAGAAGAAAGUUGGAGCUGUGAACGAGAAAGAGAAGGAGAGGCCUCCCAGUCGUCGGGAUUCUGGUAUCGAUGGACCGCCUAUCUCGUCUAUUACGGGGCUUCCCAUCCUCACGGUCCCAGCACCCGUCUAUGCCACCGCAGAAUCUGAGAACACUACAUCUCUUUGUCCUAUCUGUGGCUCUGAGAUCCAAACGCCCACUGCCGCGCAGACUGGAUAUGUUUACUGCUAUACGUGUAUCUAUAAGUGGGUGGACGGCACGCAUCCGCGACAGGAAGCUUUUAUUGAAGGCUCAGUCGACGAAGAAGGCGCCAAAGGCUGGAUUGAAGAAGGCGGUGGGAGUCGAGCUGAGAAGUGGGAGAGUGGCGCUGGAAGAGAUGCCGUUACUGGGAGGAGGGUUCUUGGUGGUACGAGUGGUUUGAGAAGAGUCAUGGUUUGA